CGGCCCACGCCACCUCAGUACCAGUCUGCUCCCACCUACCGCUCCAGCAUCCUGCUUCAGCUGCGCCUCAGUUUCGACCCCGUCCAUCAGUUCCAAGUCAGUGUCAUGAGAACUUGACAUACAGGAUGUUUCUGAGAGUGAGCGCGUGGGCGGCAGUAGUGGGUGUGUGGACGACCGUCGCUCUUGCUGCUGUUGUGUUGCCGGAAUAUGAAAGUGACGCGGUGAGUGAGAGGCAGGAAGGGCUGGACCAGCUGGCAUCGUCGCUGUGUGAGCUGAUGCCUGACCUGCCGGGCUGCCAAGCUCUCAACGACACCCUCUCCUUUGAAGGCGAAGGUCUUGGUGAUGUGAAGGAGAAGCAGCCUGGCAGCCUUCCCUCCCAAGUCCUCUCUUAUCUCGCCACCUUACACCACCACAACAAAGGACCACCCAGGCCAUCUUGACCUCCCCGGGAGAAGCAUCUACCAGGGGCGUGACCACCCUCCUCCAUCCUCCACCCGAGCAGCAGCACCUCUACGCCCAAACCCUCAGACCCGUGGACUGCUCAGACUACCUGAUGAUGGGCUACACUACCAGUGGCGUCUACAACAUUUACCCAUCCAGCUGUCGGUGCUCGAAGCCAGUGGAGGUGUGGUGUGACAUGGAGUCGGAAGGGGGCGGAUGGACGGUGUUUCUGGCCCGUAAUUACCAAACACACAGGGAGAACUUCAACCGUACCUGGAAUGACUACCGUGAGGGCUUCGGGAACGCCUCGGGGGAGUACUGGCUGGGGAACGAGGUGCUGUACCUCAUGACCAACACCCGAUUCUACAGCCUGCGUAUGGACUUCCAGUUGACGUCGGGUGAACUCAAGUGGGGCGAGUGGGAUACGUUCAAAGUGAAUAACGAGGCCAGCAGGUACGAUCUGGAUCUUUACUCGUAUAAUGGGAUGAGCACGAUCAACAGCUGCUUCUCCCAGGGUAGUUUCUCCACCUAUAACUACGAUAACGACGCUAACACAGAAAAGAACUGUGCUCGGGAGAGUAUGGGUGGAUGGUGGUACGGCAACUGCGGCGACCUGCACCCCACCACCCCUUACACACCUUCGGGACAGCUCAACAUCACCUGUUCCCACGUGAUAAACAACAAAAGGGUUGCUAUGCUCGGUCCCUGGCUGCAGAUGAAGAUGCGGCCAACCAUCUGCAACGACAACGUCAAGGCUGUCUACUUCAACGGCUACACCUGUCAGUCACAUAAUGAUUGAAACCACGUGUUUUAACAAGUACCGGCCACAUGUUUGACUCGCGUUACGUGAGUUUUAACCUGAUGUCCAACCCAGCUUCUGAGAUACCCUUGGUUGUGAAUUAAUGUUUCCCAAAAUAAUUUAUGAUUCCAAGAGCAAUAUUAAAUAAUUUAAUACAAAUUGUAAACAAAAAAUGUACGAAAAAAUAAAAAUUAUUCUAACAAUUA